CCUCCAAGCUCUCGGACCUGUGAUGAACCUUUGCUCAACAUCUCAGUUGCAGGCAUUGUUUUUACAUUCGCUAUGAUAGGUACAGUGUACUUUCUCCGUCUGGUGUUCUUUUAACCACGUAAUUUUGAAAAACAAUGUGCAGGUCCAGAUCAUAUCCAUAACUUCCACUUAAGACCCCACACACCUUUUGAAAUUCCAAUAACUACUGCUAAACUUUUUUUUUUUUUUUUUUUUUUUUAAUUUUUUUUUAUUUUAUAAUCACACUUGGCAUUCACUUACAAUAUAGCUACACGGUACUUACUUACAACAAGACUACAAAAUUUACUGACGUUACAGCUUUACUACUUACUUGUUUGCUACUUACUUACAUUAAAAUACCUAAAACUAGUUUACAACAAACAAAAGGACUACUAAAGACAAUAAAUAAAUGAAAAGAAAAGAAAAGAGAAGAAAGAAAGAAAAAAGGCGACUCCUCUGCCUAAAACGGUUUUUAGCAAUAACUACUUGAGAUAACAUUGACAACAAUUGCUAAUAUUAAUAAGAAAUCAUAAAUAUGCAUAAUUAGAUGAUUAAUAAGAUGAUUAAUAAACAGUAUGGAAAGAUAUGUGAAAUAGAUACUUUAAUUAAGAAAUAUUGGCGGUAUGUCUAGCUCUCAAUUGCACUUUGGCCUUGGUUCAUUUACAGAAAAUGGAUACAUAGGAGAAAAAAAAAAAAAAAAAACUACUGCUAAACUUCAUCCAUUCCUUGGAGAGGGGGGGGCCAGGGCUGGCAAAAGUUUUUAAGUAGUAGGCUGAUAAUGUAUACUAGGCAGCUUUGGAACUUGCACCAAAGGCUGCUUGAAGGCUGCAGCAUCAAGGGUCAUUUUGAAAUUUAGAGUCUCAGAAAUGGUGUUUCCAGGGGUUUUCAAGAGGUAUUUUCCAUCGCGGAUGCCAUCAGUGAGGUCAAUGAUAAAUUGAGGGUCUUCAUGGAAAGUCGUCCGUGUGAUAUGCAAAAUUUUGACCUGUGACUAUUAAUUUGCAGUAAGGUUCAACAUAUGUGCAAAAACACAUCUUCUUUCCUGGCAGUUUCUUUUGUAGUGCUAAUGUCCAACAUGACACUGAGUUUCUUUCACCAAACAAUGAAUUUUUUUCAGCUAAUAAUAUGUCUCUGGUUAUGUUUGAUCUGUGGCUUAACUACAUGUAGUAGCUCAGGGCUUGACAGUGGUCUAAACAUUCCCUUUCCAACUGAAAUUUACAGACAACAAGAAAUUAUUCUAAACUGCCUACAAAUUGGCCGCAAAAUUUCUUGUAGCAUGACUAUGACUUUUAUUGUGGAUUUGCUUUCGUACUUUGACUUUUUCCGUGCUUAUUUUGCAUGUGCUACAAAAUAUCUCACUAAAAGUGAGAUUAGUUGAUUAUCGCUCACCACUUCAUUACAUCCUGUCCUUUGUGCUAUAUCCUGGAAGCUACCGUGUGGCACGAAAUUUUGGAGGGUUCUAAUUUUUGCGAUUCUUCCAGCGAUCUGCAGAAAUAAGUUCCCACAAAUAAAAAUUACCACAAACAUUUUUCCUGCAAAAAUUUACUUCAGAGUAAAUAUUCUCUAACUUAAAUUCGCUACACAAAAAUACAGUACUAAGAAAUCAUGUCUGUUCAAUCACAACUUGUCUCUUUCAUUCACAAACACUGAAAUAAUGGUUUGUUGCUUGAAAAUAUGUAUUUCUAUCAUACAUACUCAAUAAAAGUGAAAAUAUUAUCAAUGCCAUCUACUGGGUACUUUCUAAAAAUCGUAAAAAUUAAUUCCCAGUAAGAAAAAUCAAUCUGUCUUAAUCGCGAAAAUUAGUUCCUGCAAAACACAAAAAAUCGCCAAUCCACAAAAAUAAACUCUAGCAAAAAUUUUGUGCCGCAUGGUAGUUGCAGCACCCCCUCCUCUUCAAUCCCCUCUGCUUUCAAUGUUGUAGAGUACAUGCAGCUUUCUGAAGUGAAGUGCAACCCAACUAAACACGUUGUUUAAUCACAACAUGCACAUGACAUGCCAAGUGAUAUUCUACAAAACACACUAUCCAUCAUUAUUUUCAUUUGACCUUACUAAACAAAGAACAACAUUGUCUGGGGGAGAGGGGUAGGGUCUGCUUUUCCCUUGGGGAGGGGGAAGGGGGCAGUCAUAGCCUGUGUUCUUGCAUACGUUAUACAUGUACAUAAAUACUGUAACAUAAACGUGUGCAGCAACAUGUGGAAUCAAUGCAGAUCCAUUGUUAUUUUAUUCUCAGCUUUUACAUUUUUAUUCGCAAUCAUGGAACCUGUGCCAUGGCAGCUUAAGAUUGCAUUUCAUUUCUUUGGCUUUGGAUCCCUCAUUCUUGGCAUGGUACUGUUUGCAUCAACAUUUGCCUCUGAAUUAUGUGUGAGUGUUUUCUUCUUGUUGUUUUUAUGGGAACCUCAGAGUUAAAAAGUACAGUUUGACUCCUGAUAACUCAAACCUUCUAGGGAGACCAAAAAGAGUUUGAGUGAUCAGGAACUCGAGUGCGAGGCAAAGAACCGGAAACAGGGAAAGAAGCAAAUGGAUUGGGAGGGAAUGCAAGUAUCAUGCACUCUCUACUUCAAAGGCAGCAUUGGAUGACAUAAAAAUUGUUAUUUUGAAAAAUGAAUUAAGCAACAAAUGUUGAUUAAUAUAUAGGGAUGGAAACUGAAUUUGAAGUGGAGUGACAUAAAAGUAAAGACAAAGAAUUGACACGGUUGUUUUCAAAUAAAAGAGAGAUUAAGCAUCGUGUUUACGGCAAGCGGCAAACAUAAGACUCAAGUUGUAAAAUUGUCAGAAUGAGAAAUGAGCAGAUAAAAACAGCUUCAAAUAAUUUAUUGUUAUGGAAAGAAUUAGUGUGAAUCUGUGGACUUUCGUGUAGUUAUAAUGAACUGUAAACGAUAAGUAAUAAUUAUCGAAAACUUUGUCACGUGGUACAAAUUCACGUUUGCAUUAAACACGAUGCUUAAUCUCUCGAAAUUCAAUGUUUCAGACUUCAGUACAAUGUUUUUCUUUUUCAACUUGUUAUGCACUUAAAACAUGGUUCGGGUUAUCAAGGGUAAAAUUAUGUAGAAAUGACCUGAAAGGAAACAAAAAUUACUUCGAGUUUGCGGGAGGUUCUAGUUAUCAUGGGUAAAAUUAUAGUAAAUGUGUAAAGGAAAUCCAAGAGAAAUCAACUUUAGUUCGAGUUAGCACGAGGUUUGAGUUAUCAGGAGUCAACUGUAUGCCAAGUGCAUUUUUUAAGUUAUAUAAGCAUGCAGGAAGUGGGAACAUCCUUACAAUCCCAGGUGUUCUCAAUAGUUGCCAAUAAACCGGAGUUUAUUAAAUUUGGUUCUCCCUGCAAAGUUUACGUAACAAAAUCCGCAGAAAAACCCUGAAGGAUCUUGACAGUAGAAGGAAAGUGGCCUAAUGCAAUUUAAUAGUAAUACCAAAGCAAAUCCUACAAAUUCCGGCCCCAACUCCCCAAGAAAGGAAAAAAACUGGAUCACAAUCCAUUCAAAAACACCCAGGCUCCAUUCUCCAACCCAAACACACAGGGUGCAGAGAAAAUCAUUUUUACAGCUUGUCAUUCGGGCAAACUGAAUCUAGCAUUUACUAGCCCACAAGUUAUUUAAAAUAGCUCCACUGCAAAAGCUUUUUGAUGAGCAGAAUUGAUUUCACAGUUCUUCUGUUAUUCAGAUUCCUCCAAAAACAUCACUUGCCCGUCGGGCAAGUUAAAAACAGAAUUCACUAGCCAGAUAGCAAAAUCCACUAGCCCCGGGCUAUCGGACACUACUUUCUUUACACGCUGAACACAGCACCUCAGAUAGUGCAAACUUUCAGUCACAUGGCCUAUUGCUUACAUAUCCUGACAUUGCAGCGAGGUACACUAUUAAAGUCACUAUGAAUAAUUCUCCUUUGUUCUUUCUCUUGUUUAGCAAGGAUAUGCUCCUGAGUUGUACUAUUUAUGUCUCUCAUUUGGGAUAUUUGCUCUUCUUACAACAGGUAGG